CCCGUCGAACAGGCUCGGAGCAGACGACAAAACCUGGCCGGCUGCCGGCGGCGUGCAAAUGGCGAGAGGUCGCUUGUAGCAAAGGGAGCACGCUGUUCGGUCGUUUGGUCGUAGCGUGGACGGUGCAAGUUUGUGGUCCGAACGAGACCUGAACAUGGAUUUGUGAUUGUGUGAUUGGUGUGUCGUGCUCUGGACAGCCGCCGAGUGCUCGCUCUCACUUGGUCUUGUGUCAUCUGAGAAGCCUCGCGUUUUCGCGGGUUUUAUGAAAGCACUUACGCCUCUCUGGUCUCCUGUCUAGUGCAGUGCAGGAGCUGGAUGGAAGUUGACCUUCGACCUUGGUGGUGUUGCCUCCAGUGUUACCAGUGACGGCGCGGCAUGCAAAGCAAUCGUGGCUUCUCUUGCCCUCGUAGCAGAUGAAGCAAAACCAACUGUAGUCAGCGCAAACCCGGUGUUUUUCUCGCCAAAAACUCGAAGCUCGGUCUUGAGUAAACAGAGCCCCAGGACACUUGCAGGACAACCUUUGAAGCGCUUCGUCGGGACCUGUCUGACGAGCAUCCGAGGCUGAUAAGAAGACGAACCGAACAUCUCCUAGGCAUCAGCAGGCUCGAACGUAGGAAAAUCGACGUACUUCGCGCGUCGAAGUGCCGAUAAGGGCGGCGUCGUGUCGCGCACUUCGCCGACGACCGUGCUCCGCGCCCGUAGGACAGCGAGGGAGGCUGACCGCGACGUCGCUGCAGCCUCCCGUCGUCGCUGUCGUCGUACCCCACGGGUCCCAGCGGCAGCGUGGGUUGGUGGGAGUCUGAUGCGACGGCGGCGGCGGCAGCCAGGAUGAGCUGCACCGAGGUCAUGUACCAGCCUUACUCGCCCUACUUUCCCUACCACCAGCGGGCGGCCGCCGCCGCCGCUUCGUGUCCCGGGGCUGGAGCCGCGUCCGGCAUCACGGCCGCCCAGGCCGCCUGCCUCGACUACAAGCGGUUCGUGAGCCCCAAGAUGCACGACCUGUUGGCCGGCAGCGCCGCCAUGGCCGCGUCCUCUCCGGCGACGCCGCCUUCGUCGCUGCAGUCCCUAGGUCCGCCGCGUUCGACGUCGUCCGCGGGCUCUUCCUCUUCGUCGCACCACUCGCGGAACCACCACCACAACCACCACAGCGGCAGUGGCGGCACCGCCGCCAACAACAGCGUGGGCAGCGGCAACAACUCCUCCGGCCACCACGGUUCCAGUGGUCGUUCUUCAUCUUCCUCGUCGGCAUGCGCCGUGGCCGCGUCGUCGCCGCCUUCGACACCCCUGGCGGCCAGGAGCCCCGACCGGGAGGAGUCCUCCAUCCAGGCGGGCAAGGCCGCGUCGUCUUCUUCGCUGCCCGGAGGACACACCGCAGCGGCUCAGGCGACGGGAGGAGGCGGCUCGUCCCCUUCUUCGGCGGCGGUGAGCGGUGGAACCUCGGCGGUGCCCGGCGACGCGCAUUACGUGUCGGCCAACUGUGUGGUGUUCACGUACUAUAGCGGCGACAUCUCGUCCGUGGUGGACGAGCACUUCUCGCGAGCCCUGAGCGAGUCCGGCGCGUACGACGGCACCGCGGGAUCCUCCUGCAAGUCCGGCGCGUCCCAACUCAAAGACGCGCCGCCUAUGUCGCAGCGCAACUUCCCGGCCUCGUUCUGGGACUGCCAUCAGUCGGCUGGCUCGCCCAACCACGGCAUGUCCGCGGCGGGCGCCGCGAUGUCGAGCCCCGUGGACCUGUACGCGGGCAGCGAGGCGCACCCUUACCAUCACGCGCACCACCACGCCGCGUCGGCAGCCAACGCCGCUGCCCUUCACGCCAGUUUGCAGAGUGACCCGUGGCACUACGCGCUCACGGCGCCCCAGGCUGGACCGUACAGCGCCCCCGCCUUUCCUCGCAGGUCCUCGGCGAUGCACGAGCUGGCCUACUCCGCGGGCGGCGCUGCGCACCGCUUCGGCGCCCAGCAGUACGGCUCCCUGCUGCUGCAGCCGCGCUCCUCGCGACUGGCACCGGCCACCUGCACCGCGCUGGACAAGGGCGACGCGUGGGCCUCCCCCGCCGCCCGCUACCACCACGACCAGCUGACCGGGCACCACGUGGUGGACGCGUCCGGCUACCAGGCGGCAGCGCACCACCACUACGGGUCCAUGGGAGCCGCGGCCGCUGCGGCCGCCAUGACCGAUCCCAACAGCGGCGGCUACAUGCUGGAGUUGUACAAGUUCCAGGCGAUGCACGCGUACCGGUGAAAAAAACGAAAACGAAAGAAAAAAAAAACCGAACCAACCACCACCGGUGGGGGUCUACAGCGGGUGACGUCAAGACGACAAAACAAGAGGCUCGAUAGUCAAGUUCAAGAGACCGGCAAGGACCUCUACUGGUUUUGAAGCGGCCCUGUUCGUUAUAUACCUCCCUCAGCGACGCCACAGCCUCGCAGUAAAGAAGAUACGGCAGACGUUCGAAAGGAGUGUGGUUCGUAACGAACUGCACAUACGCAAGGGAGUGAAGAGUGCGCCGACAGUUAUUCAUCACGUGACCGGGCGCUUCAGUCAGUGAACACUCUGCGACCCAGAAGGACGCCGAGAGAAAACUUUGUGUGUCCGCAUUUUUGUUUCUUGUUGUGCGUGUGUGCGUAUGUGUACCACUUUGUGAGUGUGCGUGACCCCUUAUACUUUGCGGGCGUGGUAUAUCGAUCAACAUGGUCAACCUAACCUUUUUUCGAAAGCUCUCGGUCAUUGUACAUUGGAGCGUUCUCAAGCCUGCAAGUAUACCUUACCGGACUGCCCUGCUCCGUGACUAACGUUCUCAUUUCUUCGUGAGGCUUAGCGCGUCGUUCGCACUCAUGCGACGCGCCUAUGAGACGGAGAUCUUCCUGUGCGUAACGCUUGCGUCGUAGCAUCAUCUGACGACGUAAGCGUUACAAAUGCAUUUAUUUACGAGUCGAGAGUACCGUGCCAUUUUAAAGAAAAGUUCAUGCAAGUUUUCUUCUUCAAUGACAGUUAAGGCACAUCAUGGCGCUAUACGGUAAACAGGACACGCGCAAUGUUGUCGUUAAAGCUUUUACGCAGACGUGCUUUAAGCAUUGUGUUUGGCUCGUGUUUCUUGACACAAGUCUGAGGAAUACUUUCAAUUUUACGAAAGAUCCGAGUGAGCCAGGUUUUGUGAAUGCUCAUGUUUAAUGAGGCGCAAUGUACAGGUGUUUGUGUGUUUCCAUCGCCCAUGUGUGCGCCUGUGUGUGUGUCUGUCUGUGUGCAUGUGUGCGUGAAACCAGACCGGAUGGUAUCAGGACAAAAUGAAGUCCUGUGUUUUAUUCCUUCUUCCCGCGUUAAUUUAUUCCAGUAAUCGCUUGUAGCUGCACACGCCGCCGUCGUGCAUAAACAGUUUCGGCUGCCCUGCGAAGCCAAUUAGUCGGCGUGCGCAUUACGAGCUUGAACCCUGAGGACCGGUGUGCUGAGGUUAUUUAUGAGUUGUGUAGAUUAUAGACCUACUUGAGGUGCUGUCGGCGUCGUAUGCGCCCAGAUAUACCUAUGAAUAAACGAGGAAAGACUACCUGCGUCAGCGCGCACUGAGCAUGCCUGUCUUUUGUGCAUAAUUUUAUUCUCCAGAUUUCGUGUCCGGGUCACUGUGUCUACGAAGCCUGUACAAAGGAAGAAAUAUAAUGAGUUCUGUGAGCA